AUGACGAUUUUUCCGCUCGGCUACUCCAUUCUAUUGCGGAGUAUAAGCACUCGAGCUCUAGUGGACAAUUCCCUUAGAGAUAAGAAAAUCCCUGAAAGAGGUGUUGAAGAAUUCUCGCCCAUUAUCACUAUAUUUGUCAGUGAGGAGGAAGACCCAAGUAAGGCAAGUGUGGUCGUCUAUAAACGUGACGAACUAACGUUUACCCGUGGAAGUAGUAAAAGGAGAUUCAAGUCAGAUAUCCCAGGUACUGUAUCAAAAGAGCACCAGACUUCUGCACAGUUUACACAUAUUGGCAACAAAGGCAAGGUUUCAGUGAGACAAUCCACAGCUCCGCCCAGCAAAGCCCGUUGCUCCACCGCGCACCAGCUGCAAGCUGCCCCGCCGCGCCCUCAACUGCUACAUCAGCUCACCAGCGCCUCGGAACUUGCGACCGAACCGAAUCAGCCACGCAGCCAAUCGGUUAAAUGUUUAGAGACUCAAAAUAGCCUAAAAAAGGUUCCUUCUCGUGCCAUUCAAGAAGAAUGGGAAAUGAAGUCGCCAUUUACAAGGCCAGGUUCAAGGGCUUCAAUGAGCAAAGUGAUGGAACCAUUCAUGGUAGAUUCCGACAUAUCGUUCGUCAGCAGCGGCGGGAGGCAGAGCGUGGACCAUUGCUACCAAGGGGCGUGGACCUCCGGCACCGGCACCGACUCGUAUCGCCUUUCUAACGCCUCUGAGUUCGAAGUUUACAGCCCCGGUCCGCCUUCGCCUAUGCUAGAAAUGGGAGGAGGAGCCAACAAAUCCAUUAAUAAUACUCAUGAUAAUUAUAAUCGUAACAGCAACAGCAACAACAACAAUGCCUCUUCUUACCCUCAGGAUAUGUCCUUUUGCUCUUUACAAAGUGAAACAUUCUCUUGGCCAUCCAAUUCGCACGCUCAGGAUGAUGUUGAAGCUGAGAUGAGAAGGCUGAAAUUGGAGCUCAAACAAACCAUGGAUAUGUACAGUACAGCCUGCAAAGAAGCCCUAAAUGCUAAGCAGAAGGCGAUGGAGCUUCAUCGUUGGAAAGUUGAAGAAGAGCAGAGGUUAGAAGAGGCGAGAAUGGCGGAGGAAGCAGCAUUAGCAAUGGCGGAGAAGGAGAAGAUGAAAUGUAAAGCAGCGAUGGAGGCAGCUGAAGCCGCACAAAAGAUCGCAGCACUCGAGGCGAAGAAAAGAGCAAAUGCGGAGAAAAUGGCGAACAUGGAAGCACAAGAAACGGAAAGAACACUUUCAUUUUCAGGAUUUGGCCAUGGACAAAUCGGUUACAGAAAGUACACAAUCGAGGAAAUUGAAACCGCCACGAAAGGCUUCUCCGAUGCUCUGAAGAUCGGUGAAGGCGGUUACGGUCCAGUCUUCCGUGGAGAACUGGACCACACGCCGGUGGCGAUCAAAGUUCUCCGACCAGAUGCCGCUCACGGACGAUCACAAUUUCAACAAGAGGUUGAAGUUCUAAGCUGUAUUCGACAUCCAAACAUGGUUCUUCUUCUCGGAGCCUGUCCUGAAAACGGUUGUUUAGUUUACGAAUUCAUGGCGAACGGAAGCUUAGAAGAUUGUCUCUUCCGAAAAGCCAACGAUCCAGUUCUUUCAUGGCAGUUACGAUUCCGAAUCGCGGCGGAGAUCGCGACUGGACUUCUCUUCCUGCACCAAACAAGACCAGAGCCGAUCGUACACCGCGAUCUGAAACCGGGGAACAUUUUGCUAGAUCGGAACUACGUGAGCAAAAUCAGCGACGUCGGACUGGCGAGGCUGGUUCCUCCGUCAGUGGCCGAUUCAGUGACUCAGUAUCGGAUGACGGCGACGGCAGGGACAUUCUUCUACAUCGAUCCAGAGUAUCAGCAAACAGGAUUGCUAGGGAUUAAAUCAGACAUUUACUCAUUGGGCGUGAUGCUUCUGCAAAUAAUCACAGCCAGGCCGCCGAUCGGACUAGCGCACGCCGUCGAAAGAGCGAUUGAGAAGGGGAAAUUUGCAGAGAUGCUUGAUCCGGAUGUGAAGGACUGGCCGGUUGAAGACGCGUUGAAGUUUGCGAAGCUUUCGAUUAAGUGUGCAGAGAUGAGGAAGAGAGAUCGACCGGAUCUUGGGAAGGUGGUGCUGCCGGAACUUAAUCGGUUGAGAACAAUGGCGGAGGAGAGUAUGGGAUUUCGGCCGUUCUGCGGCAGCAGUACAUGUUCAUCGCCAUAUGCAAGCCAGAGUUCUCAGGAAAUGAUAAAUAGUGUACAUCAAGAGCAUUGGGGAGCAUGGCUUGAGAGCUCAAGCAGCCAAUCAGAUAGCAGCACGUCAUCAUAUUCAGGCAAAAGACCUUAUAGGUUGGACUAAGCAAAUGUAAAUACAUGACUUGCCAAAAUAAACUUCACUAAGUGGUAUUAGUAUAAGGUAGGAG